GCAAGAAGAGAACAAACAAACACAAGAGAUCAAAGAAUCCACCAACAAACAAACAAACAAACACCCCAAUAGAUGAACCACAAAUGACCAAAAGGAAAAAAUGGAACUGCACAUUCUAGAGCACCGGCUGAAAGUAGCCAGUGUAGCUAAGGAGAGGAUACCGUUGUUUACCUACGGCCUGAUCAAACUGGCUUUUCUCUCCUCCAAAACAAGGUGCAAGUUUUUCAGCCUGACAGAGACACCUGAGGACUACACAAUCAUUGUCGAUGAAGAAGGCUUCCUGGAGCUCCCUUCAUCCGAACACCUGAGUGUGGCAGAUGCCACCUGGCUGGCGCUCAACGUGGUGUCCGGCGGGGGCAGCUUUUCCAGCUCCCAGCCCAUUGGAGUGACCAAGAUUGCCAAGUCAGUCAUAGCCCCCCUAGCGGAUCAGAACAUCUCAGUAUUCAUGCUCUCCACCUACCAGACGGACUUCAUCCUGGUGCGCGAGCGGGACUUGCCCUUUGUGAUGCACACGCUGGCCGCGGAGUUCACCAUCCUCAGAGUCGUGAAUGGGGAGACGGUGGCGGCCGACAGCCUCGGGAUAACGAACGGAUUUAUGAAGCCAAAACUGGUUCAGAGGCCCGUGAUUCAUCCCCUUUCCAGUCCAAGUAACAUGUUUUGUGUCACCAGCUUGGAUCCUGACACCCUUCCCUCUGUCGCUACACUCCUUAUGGAUGUCAUGUUUUACUCCAAUGGAGUAAAAGAUUCUGUGGCGGGCAAUGAAGAUUCUGGGCACAUUCGCUUUUUCUCGUUUUCUCUUAUCGAGGGUUACAUUUCUCUGGUGAUGGAUAUACAGACGCAGAAAAGGUUUCCCAACAACUUGCUGUUUACGAGCGCAUCAGGAGAACUCUGGAAGAUGGUUCGGAUCGGAGGGCAGCCCCUCGGCUUCGAUGAAUGUGGAAUCGUUGCUCAGAUUUCUGAGCCCCUGGCUGCUGCCGACAUCCCUGCCUACUACAUCAGUACUUUCAAGUUUGAUCAUGCACUGGUACCAGAAGAAAAUAUAAAUGGUGUUAUCAACGCACUCCAAGUUAGUCAAGCUGAAAAACAUUAGGGCCCCUUCCAAAUGGGACCCAGGUGCAUUUUACAUCAAUAAUAAUAAUAAUUCUUCUCAGUAUUUUCGGGGAGGGGGGGGAGAUAGGUUCGUUUUUGUUUUUUAAACUCCAAAAGCGUGUGGGAGACGGGAUGCGGUGCCACACAGAAAACCACCACCGAGAAGACUGCAAAGAAUUCCUCACCAAUAGCUUUUUAAAAGAAAUAAUUUUUAAUAAAAUAAUUCUUCGGGUGGGAGGGAAGUGGGGGGGAGAAUUGUUGGGAUAAAGGAACUGUGAAGGUUUUUGGAACUUCAACUCCAAAGCAAAAACUGUGCUUUCCGUGUGCGUGUGUGUGUGUGAGAGCGUGUGUGUGACAGAAAUACAUGCUGAGGUUCGAAACUAUAUCAACCACAGUAGAAUGCAAUGGCGAGAGAAAAUAAAUCUGUGAAGGAAAAGAGCCAUUUCCAUUUUGGGGGAGCGUGGAUUGCGUCAACAGAAGAGUCUAGAACCUGACAGAGGUGGGGCCUAGGUCACUGCCUUUGCCAACUGACUCGAUCGUUCAAAGGGUGUUCACCAUCAAGUGUUACGCUCGGUUGAAUUCCUCAAGGGGGUCCGUGCCAUAUUGCUUUCCUUACCAGAACUGACCUCUGUAGAAUGUCAAUGGAAGAGCAAGGCCGAGCGAUCUGUUUUUAACAAGGCAAUGUCACUGCCGAGGCAACAUUAUCCCGACUGAUGAAAUUAUGACAUAACUAAGGGAAAUGUGCCUGUUCAGAACUUAACAGUAAACUCCUCUAUCGUACCUUAGUUUCUUGGGGGAGGGGGGCACGGCACAGCCUUGAUGACAAAAAUGGUACCUACCGGUGACAUAUUCCCUGUGAAAACCCAGUUUGCCCAUGAGGGAAAUCUCUUGCACACACUUCUGUGGAACAGACUGGAAAUGGUGGAGUGGCAAAGCUCUUGCACAGCUCCAGUUUGGUGUAGUGGUUAGGAGCGCAGACUCUAAUCUGGGAGAACCGGGUUUGAUU